GAAACCAAUGAUUCUUAAACCCUUCCACCAUAUAUAUAUAAACAAACUACAUUAUCAAAAGUUUAUGAAGGUUUCAAAAAUCAGAGCAGAGCCAAAGCAGCAAAAUAUGGUUUUCAGAACAAUUCAGACUUCUUCCAUAUUCUUCCUCUUGUUUAAUCUACAAUUCUCUUUAGAUUCAAGCACUGCACAAAAGCUCCCACAUGAAGCAAUAAUGAAAGAUGAAAUUAUGGAUUAUCAAGAAUUUAGCAAUGAGAUUUCCUCACCUUCAAUAUCUUCUACUCAACAGGAUAAUAUCCCCAUCAUCAUCCCAAGGUCUUCUAAGAUGACAACACCAAUUAUAAUAACUCUGGAAAGUCCAACACCAACUACCACCACUCAACCAACAAUCCCCAUCAUCAUACCAAGUCCUCCUAUGAUGACAAAAACAGUAAUAACGCAGGAAAGUCCAACACCAACAAUCACUACUCAAUCAACAAUCCCCAUAAUCAUGCCAAAUCUACCAAUAAUAACGCAGGAAAAUCAACCACCACAAAUAUUACCAACGAGCACCACUCAACCAACAAUCCCUGCAGCAUCGAGUGGACCCUGGUGUGUGACGAACCCAUCUGCAUCAGAAGCUGCUGAUCUUCAAGCGUUUCUUGACUAUGCUUGCGGAUAUGGAGGUGCAGAUUGUUCAGCUCUUCAACGAGGGUCUAGUUGCUAUAACCCACAUACAGUCUCAUGAUCAUGCUUCCUACGCAUUCAAUGCAUACUAAAUCCAUUUUUCAACCAGUAUGGAAUAUUGAUAUAUUUAAAUAAAAAAUGGAUUGUUUUGAUUAUUGUUCUUCAUUUACAUUAAUAUAUAUAUUUUUAUUUUAUA